GGCCGCGGCGGGACUCGAACCCGCGGCCGGACGGGGCCGCCUCCCCUGUCCCGGGGUACCCGGUGCUGCCCGCCCGGCCUCGGGCAUCGCUGCUCGGCCCGACCCGUCCUGCCCUCCCCCUGGCUCCGGCUCGGUGGGGGACCAGCAGCUUUCAUCGCCUCGGACAUGACUCUACCCAACAAACCAGUCAGCACAUGUACCCAGUCACAACUACUUCAUCCUUGGUUUCAGGGACACCAUCACCAGACCCACUGCACGCGUAUCAGCUUAACCAAGAGCUGAAUGCACCCCGCCUGCAUGGCCGCCUCUCCUUUCCUCCACACAGAUGCCCCCAGAGACCCUCGGGAGAUGCCUCACACUGUGACGAGUUACAUGAGACCGAUAAAGGCCACAAGCAGCAGCUCUUUGUGGAAAGUUUGGCACAGGCUGGGCCGUGCAUUAUGUAUGGGAGCAGCAGCCUGGCCAUGUGGCCAAAGGAGCCCUGGAAAGGCAAGAGGAAGCAAGUCAAGACCGCGGUCAGCUCUGCGUGUUCAGUCGGGGAGGAUCAGCUUCUAACAGCCACAUACGUGUGUAAGGCACAGUGUGACAAGCCGGGUUCAUGGCAUGGAGCAGUCAAGAACGAGGACACCUUCAAGACCUCCCCGUUUCAUUUGGAUCUGUGGUUCUACUUCACCCUGCAGAACUGGGUGCUGGACUUCGGGCGUCCCAUUGCCAUGAUAAUCCUACCUUUGGAGUGGUUCCCUCUAAACAAACCGAGUGCCGGAGAUUAUUUCCACAUGGCUUACAAUGUCAUCACACCGUUUCUUCUGCUAAAGCUCAUCGAGAGGUCCCCCAAGACCUUACCGAGAUCCAUGAUCUACGUCAGCAUCAUCAUGUUUGUCAUGGGAGCCAGCAUCCACUUGGUUGGAGACUCUGUCAACCAUCGCUUGAUUUUCAGUGGCUACCAGCACCAUCUGUCUGUAAGAGAGAACCCCAUCAUCAAGAACCUGAAGCCAGAGACACUGAUUGAUUCCUUUGAGCUGCUGUACUACUACGAUGAAUAUUUAGGUCAUUCGAUGUGGUAUAUCCCUUUUUUCCUGAUCCUGUUCAUAUAUUUCACUGGCUGCUUCACCCCUGUCGAGGAGGAGAGCAGGAUGCCAGUGGCUGCCUUGCUUCUGAUGGGGCCCAGCAGCCUUUACUACUGGUACCUCGUGACCGAAGGUCAGAUUUUCAUCCUCUACAUUUUCACUUUCUUUGCCAUGAUGGCUUUGGUGAUGCACCAGAAGCGCAAAGGGCUCGUGCUGGACAGCAAUGGGCUUUUCCUCUUCUACUCCUUCAUCAUCACACUGGUCCUCAUUGCUCUUUGGGUGGUUUGGCUGUGGAAUGACAAAAUCCUCAGGAAGAAGUACCCCGGUGUGAUCUACAUCCCUGAGCCGUGGGCAUUUUACACCCUGCACAUGAACAACCUCCAUCCAGCAAAGGAAAGUUUUUAAGUUUUGAUAUUUUAGAGUGAUUUGAAUUAAAAAAGAAUAAUCUAGUUUUUCUAAGGUAGAUGUAUUUCAAAUAAAUUCCUGACCAACACAA